GAUUUUAUCCGGCGACGGAGGUGCGUUCCUGAAAGUCAAAAUGCCUGUUAAAAGAUCACUGAAAUUGGAUAUGUUAAAAGCAAAUUCAUUUGAUUCUCCUAAAAUCACAAGGAAGAAAAGUGCUGCAGCCUAUUCUCCAACAACUGGAACCUGUCAAAUGAGCCCAAUUGCUUCUCCCACAAGCUCAAAAGAACAAGAAAACAGAAAUGGACUGCCAAAUGGAAAGAGAGAAAACUUGAUUCACCUCAGAAUAAACAAAAGAAUGGAAUCUACUGCGCAAGACAAUGAAUUCAUGAUGUUGCUAUCUAAAGUUGAAAAAUCGUCAGAAGAAUUCAUGGAAAUAAUGCAAAAUUUAAGUAGUAUACAGGCUUUGAAGGGCAGUAAAGAGCUUGAAAAUCUCAUUGGUAUCCCCCAUACAUCAUGUGUCUUUAAAAGAGAAAUGCAGAAAACAAAAGAACUAAUGACUAAUGUAAUAAAACAAAAACUAUUUAAAAAGAAGAAUUCAGGACUUCCCAACAAAGGGAAUGACUUGAUAAAGCGUGUGAAUAAAGAAGACCUCCUUACGGAAUAA